AUGGAUUGUAACAAAGAAGUCGCCAUUAGGGCUAAAGAUAUUACACAAAAAAAGAUAGAAGAUAAGAAUUUUACUGGAGCACGGAAGGUUGCAAUGAAGGCCCAACACAUCUAUCCUGAUCUAAAGAACAUUUCUCAGAUUAUUUUGGUUUGUAAUUUACAUUGUUUUGCUGAGACUAGGGUUUAUGGGGGUGAAAAAGACAGAUUGUUGAUGGUCGAGCAGUUCUUACAGACUGUGAAAAGUGGGUGUAAUAAGACAAUAAACCUGCCACAACAGCCGUCACAACAAGGAUUACAUAACAAUCAAUCAAACAGUAGAAAGUUCUUCAGUGAAUAUGAAGUCAAUUCACCCGGCAUGCCUCAGGAGGAGCCUACUUUUCCCCAACAGAAAGAUGCCACUAGCCAGCACCAGUUUAAAGUUGGCUCACAAAGUGCAUAUGAGCGCUCUACUUCAGAAACGGCAGCUGAAAGAAAUAUGAGCAAUGGAAAAGCAGCUUGUAAAAUAUUGCCAAAGACUCGAGACAAUUCAGAAGGUGGCGAGGGGUCCAAGCCGGGCGUGAAAAUUAAAUAA